AUGUCUUUAAUCUCCGCCGCACCAUCCUGCCGUGCGGUUACCAGGUCCCCCAACCUCGUCUCCCAGAGACCCUUAGCUUCCUUCUGCCCCCCCACCGGGUUUGUGCCGUUCAACAGCAGCUUACGGUUGAAGACCACCCUCUCCUGUGCCACCUCCUCUCUGCUACUGGACUUCCCAGUGUCUGCAAUCGAAGAGUUCAUGAAGUUCGCUCCUCCCCUUCCCCCUAGGUCGCUCCUCCCCUUCUCCCCAGGUUGCACUUCCCCUUUCCCCCACAUCUCACUUCCCCUUCCCCCCAGGUCGCUCCUCCCCUUCCCCCUAGGUCGCUCCUCCCCUUCUCCCCAGGUCGCACUUCCCCUUUCCCCCACAUCUCACUUCCCCUUUCCCCCACAUCUCACUUCCCCUUCCCCCCAGGUCGCUCCUCCCCUUCCCCCUAGGUCGCUCCUUCCCUUCUCCCCAGGUCGCACUUCCCCUUUCCCCCACAUCUCACUUCCCCUUCCCCCCAGGUCGCUCCUCCCCUUCCCCCUAGGUCGCUCCUCCCCUUCUCCCCAGGUCGCACUUCCCCUUUCCCCCACAUCUCACUUCCCCUUUCCCCCACAUCUCACUUCCCCUUUCCCCCACAUCUCACUUCCCCUUCCCCCUAGGUCGCUCCUCCCCUUCCCCUCCAAUCCCUUCUAUUCCUUUCACUUCCCUUCCCUCCCCUUCCCUUCCCUUCCCUUUUUGACGUCCUCCCUUCACUUCCCUUCCCCUCUCCUCCCUUCCCUUUCCUUCCAUUUCCUUCCCUUCCUUUUUCCACCCUGCACUUUUACCUUCCUACCCCUCCUAUUCCCCACGGUCUUUCAGAACUCGGCCAAUCUCGAAGGUCCACGUGGCGAGAAACCGUUGCAACCGUCCGAGUCUCUUGAUGCACAGGUUAACGGCCACGUGGCUGACUCAGACCCCAAUUGUCUCCUGAACUCCCUGCAUUCAUAUCUUCUACCUUUCGUGUCUGCCCUGGUGCUCGCCUCCCUGGGUUCAUAUCUUCUGCCUUUCGUGUCUGCCCUGGUGCUCGCCUCCCUGGGUUCAUAUCUUCUGCCGUCCAUCCCGUCCUCUACCCUUUGCCAGAUCUACCUGCCCCAGUUCUCACCUCCAUGCGUCUGCAUGCUGAUUCCGCUCUCUCUGUUCACUUCCUCGCUUGCCUCUCAUCCCAAGCCUCUCAUCCCAAGCCUCUCAUUCGAAGCCUCUCAUCCCAUGCCUCUCAUCCCAAGCCUCUCAUCCCAAGCCUCUCAUCCCAAGCCUCUGAUUCGAAGCCUCUCAUCCCAUGCCUCUCAUCUCAAGCCUCUCAUCCCAAGCCUCUCAUCCCAAGCCUCUCAUCCCAUGCCUCUCAUCCCAUGCCUCUCAUCCCAUGCCUCUCAUCCCAAGCCUCUCAUCCCAAGCCUCUCAUCCCAAGCCUCUGAUUCGAAGCCUCUCAUCCCAUGCCUCUCAUCUCAAGCCUCUCAUCCCAAGCCUCUCAUCCCAUGCCUCUCAUCCCAUGCCUCUCAUCCCAUGCCUCUCAUCCCAUGCCUCUCAUCCCAUGCCUCUCAUCCCAAGCCUCUCAUCCCAUGCCUCUCAUCCCAAGCCUCUCAUCCCAUGCCUCUCAUCCCAAGCCUCUCAUCUCAAGCCUCUCAUCCCAAGCCUCUCAUCCCAAGCCUCUCAUCCCAUGCCUCUCAUCCCAAGCCUCUCAUUCGAAGCCUCUCAUCCCAAGCCUCUCAUCCCAUGCCUCUCAUCCCAAGCCUCUCAUCCCAUGCCUCUCAUCCCAUGCCUCUCAUCCCAAGCCUCUCAUCCCAAGCCUCUCAUCCCAAGCCUCUGAUUCGAAGCCUCUCAUCCCAUGCCUCUCAUCUCAAGCCUCUCAUCCCAAGCCUCUCAUCCCAAGCCUCUCAUCCCAUGCCUCUCAUCCCAUGCCUCUCAUCCCAUGCCUCUCAUCCCAUGCCUCUCAUCCCAAGCCUCUCAUCCCAAGCCUCUCAUCCCAAGCCUCUCAUCUCAAGCCUCUCAUCCCAAGCCUCUCAUCCCAAGCCUCUCAUCCCAUGCCUCUCAUCCCAUGCCUCUCAUCCCAUGCCUCUCAUCCCAAGCCUCUCAUCCCAUGCCUCUCAUCCCAUGCCUCUCAUCCCAAGCCUCUCAUCCCAAGCCUCUCAUUCGAAGCCUCUCAUCCCAAGCCUCUCAUCCCAUGCCUCUCAUCCCAUGCCUCUCAUCCCAAGCCUCUCAUCCCAUGCCUCUCAUCCCAUGCCUCUCAUCCCAAGCCUCUCAUCCCAAGCCUCUCAUCCCAAGCCUCUGAUUCGAAGCCUCUCAUCCCAUGCCUCUCAUCUCAAGCCUCUCAUCCCAAGCCUCUCAUCCCAAGCCUCUCAUCCCAUGCCUCUCAUCCCAUGCCUCUCAUCCCAUGCCUCUCAUCCCAUGCCUCUCAUCCCAAGCCUCUCAUCCCAAGCCUCUCAUCCCAAGCCUCUCAUCUCAAGCCUCUCAUCCCAAGCCUCUCAUCCCAAGCCUCUCAUCCCAUGCCUCUCAUCCCAUGCCUCUCAUCCCAUGCCUCUCAUCCCAAGCCUCUCAUCCCAUGCCUCUCAUCCCAUGCCUCUCAUCCCAUGCCUCUCAUCCCAAGCCUCUCAUCCCAAGCCUCUCAUUCGAAGCCUCUCAUCCCAUGCCUCUCAUCCCAAGCCUCUCAUCCCAAGCCUCUCAUCCCAAGCCUCUGAUUCGAAGCCUCUCAUCCCAUGCCUCUCAUCUCAAGCCUCUCAUCCCAAGCCUCUCAUCCCAAGCCUCUCAUCCCAUGCCUCUCAUCCCAUGCCUCUCAUCCCAUGCCUCUCAUCCCAAGCCUCUCAUCCCAAGCCUCUCAUCCCAAGCCUCUGA